UCGCUGACGUCGCAGUUCUCAUACGUGCCGGAGUGAACGUGAUAGAACAGUACAAGGUGGCAGAGAGAGCGACCAGGAUAGCAUACAGACCGUUCUGAGAUCCGCGAGCAGAGCAUCCCUAAGGUACGUACCACUAUCACUGUCAUUAUAGGUUGUAAAGGAAAUCAUUGUUGGAAGAGGGGCAGAGGGGCAACAGGAUAACGAUGACACGAUGAUUUUGUUAUUAUCUGUUAUGGCGAUGAUGUAGAUGAUGAUGAUGAUGAUGAUGGGAGUGAGAAAUCCUCCUCAGCUGCCACAAUGGGAUGUAGUUAUUUUGUAUGGAAUUGGGACCCAACCAUGCUGUUGCUGACUGUCUGGAAGGUCGGUUGAGUAACUGAGGCUAUGUAACGAUGGAGACUAUCAAAAAUAUGUCAUUAUGACAGAGAGAAUGGGAUGGAUGGAUGAGAGAUUAUGAAAUUAUUAUGUUUUAGUAUAUUACCUUUUAAGAAUGUGUCUAUUUAUAUUAUUUUAUAAGUAGGCAUCAGGGCAUGUCAUUUUAUUAUUGACCAAAAAUAGUAUAUUAUAAAGCCGUUAUUAAUAACCCUUAUAAUAAGUGACAGGCCAUUCAUUCAGCUGGGUGUGCGCUAUAGUCGUGACACCGGCCACGGCAUACUGGGGACCGGUUGGGGGGGGGGUGUAACAACAGGUUCCUCUCUUCUCGGAACAGCGUGUCGCCAUCAGCAUCAUACAAUUGACGAUGUCUAUCACAACCGCUGAGAGGCUCAAAUAUAAACCUGUAGCUUCGAUCCAAAGUUAGAGGACCAUGGGAGGUGCGGUGGUGGACGAGGGACCUGGGGGGGUGAAGGCACCAGACGGGGGGUGGGGCUGGGCUGUGCUGUCCGGCUGUUUCGUCAUCACUGGGUUCUCCUACGCCUUCCCCAAGGCUGUCAGCGUGUUCUUCAAGGAGCUGAUCAGAGAGUUCGACGUGGGGUACAGCGACACAGCAUGGAUCUCAUCUAUACUGCUGGCUAUGCUGUACGGCACAGGUCCUCUGUGCAGUGUGUUGGUGAAUCGUUACGGGUGUCGUCCGGUGAUGAUGGUGGGGGGACUUUUUGCCUCUCUGGGGAUGAUUCUGUCUUCCUUCUCCACCAGCAUCAUCCACAUCUACCUCUCUACUGGAGUCAUUACAGGUCUGGGCCUGGCGUUGAACUUCCAGCCGUCUCUGAUCAUGCUGAAUCGCUACUUCAGCGAGAAGAGGCCCCUGGCUAACGGCCUGGCUGCUGCUGGGAGUCCUGUGGCCCUCUGCUGCUUAUCACCUCUGGGACAGCUGUUGCAGUACCAGUACGGUUGGAGAGGAGGCUUCCUCAUCCUCGGAGGGCUCCUGCUCAACUGCUGCGCCUGCGCGGCCCUCAUGAGGCCCCUAGUGGCCCCUCCUAAACUCCCCCAGCAGGAAGACGUAGAGAAGGAGGGAAAAGAGUUGGCGGUAGAGAAGACCCAGUCCAAACCCAAACCACUCCUGGACUUCAGUGUGUUUAAGGACAGGGGUUUCCUGAUCUACACCAUAGCUGCAUCUAUUAUGGUUCUGGGUCUGUUUGUGCCGCCGGUGUUCGUGGUGAGCUAUGCCAAAGAGCUGGGCAACGAAGACACCAAGUCGGCCCUCCUCCUAUCCAUCCUCGGCUUCAUAGACAUCUUCGCCCGGCCCACCUGUGGCAUCAUCGCUGGGCUGAAGUGGGUCCGGCCCAGAGUUGUUUACCUGUUCAGCUUUGCCAUGAUCUUUAAUGGAUGCACUGACCUGGUGGGAUCUCAGGCGAAGGACUACCCGUCUCUAGUGGUAUUCUGUGUGUUCUUCGGGAUCUCCUACGGCAUGGUCGGAGCGCUACAGUUUGAGGUUCUCAUGGCGAUCGUUGGCACGGAGAAAUUCUCCAGCGCUAUAGGACUGGUGUUGCUCAUGGAAGCUAUUGCUGUGCUGGUGGGACCACCUGGAGCAGGUCGGCUGCUGGACGCCACUAAGAACUACAUGUACGUGUUCCUGCUGGCAGGAAUUGAGGUGGUCCUCGCCGCCGUGGUCCUGGCCACGUGUAACUUCCUGUUCAUCAGGAAGAAGCCCUCGGAACCCGCUGCGGAACUGGAGAACGGAACGGUUUCCGCGGAAAUGGAGCUUCUCAACAAGCCUGUUGCCGCUGAGGAAGAGGAGGAGGAGGAGGUAGAGAAGGGGGAGAAAGAGGUGAAGGAGAGUGAGAAAGAGAAGGAGGAGAUCAGGCCUGAGAGCAUAAUGGUGGUCUCAGAAGAAGUGGAGCGCUUCCUUAAAGAACCAGAAGAACAAAAUGGUGCCUUGCUCUCCAGUUUUGAGACACGUCUGUAGGAGGCAGAGAACCUGGCACAGGACAAACUACAGACUUUAAACUUAAACACUGCCAAGGGAACUUUAAAGGGCACUAAGAAUUGUACUCCGCAGUGUACUUUGAAGGGCACUAAAAAGUGUACUUAGAAGUGGGCCAAGAAAGUGCUUAGAAAAGCAUACUGGGGAAGACACAGCUGGUCCUAGCAGUAUCCUCCUGUAUCUAGUUGAGGUGUUGUUGUGUUGUUAUGUUGUGUAGCUGUUCUCUGCUGGGCUGUGUGCCAUAUCAACAACAAUAACACACACACACGCACACACACACACACACACACACACACACACACACACACACACACACACACACACACACACACACACACACACACACACACACACACACACACACACACACACACACACACACACACACACACACACACACACACACACAAUCGUGAAGUGAAACUGAUAAAUGUCAAGUGAAUAGCCGUGUUAAUAGUGUUGUGCCCUGCCGUGUGAAUUGUGAAGCUACCAGUGUGUAGUGCUGCAGGGCGAUAUGGUAGACACCAUGUUGUUGUCUGUAAUAAUGUGGAAUAAAUACCGUCACUUCCUACCACUGUUACUCUGGAACACAACAUUACAAGUGUUCCGGAACUUUAACCAAACCCAGCGUGGAACAUUCCGCUGUCAGUCAACAUUCCGUUGAGUGGCAGAAUGAGGAAUGAAUGGAUAGAUAUCUGGCUACUGUUAUGCAUAUCAUUUCACUCUGAGCUUUGGCACAGACGUUUAAAGGUAUAGUGAUGUUGAAUGGUUGAAUUUCACUCUGUAACCUUGUAGAGAUUGUAGACUUUAUUAGACUAGGACACACAGAGAGAGAGAGAGAUGCCAAUGAGAACACCAGACUAGUAUCCCUGGUUACCUCCUUAAUGGCACCCAGACAGAGAGAUGCCAAUGAGAACACCAGACUAGUACCCCUGGUUACCUCCCUAAUGGCACCCAGACAGAGAGAUGCCAAUGAGAACACCAGACUAGUACCCCUGGUUACCUCCCUAAUGGCACCCAGACAGAGAGAUGCCAAUGAGAACACCAGACUAGUACCCCUGGUUACCUCCCUAAUGGCACCCAGACAGAGAGAUGCCAAUGAGAACACCAGACUAGUACCCCUGGUUACCUCCCUAACGGCACCCAGACAGAGGUACCCUGUUUCUGUUUGUUUCAGUGUCAUAACAUUAACUACGAUGGCAGAAAUAGGUCACACUGUUUCUAGACUUCACAGUUUAAUCUGUAGAUGCAGUGUGAGUCCCAAAUGGAACUCUACUCCCUAUAAAGUGCACUACUUUUUUUUAUACCAGGGUCCACAUAGGGCUCUGUUCAAAACUAGUGCACUAUAUAGGGAAUAGGGUUCCAUUUGGAACCAGUCUGGCAGAACUAGCUGACAGAAGCCAUUCAGUCCGGAGGAACCAAUGACCUCCCAUGCAGAUCUAAAAAACACAGAACUU